AUGAAGUGCAAAAAGUGGUCAGAAUCUCGUGUCUAUACGAAUGCAAAUCAAAUAAGAGGUCAAGAGUAUUGGGAUUAUGAGAAUACUACUAUAGAAUGGUCGCAAAACAAUAAGCACUAUGAGAUUGAAAACAAAGUGGGAAGAGGGAAAUAUUCGGAAGUUUUUCAAGGUGUGCAUUUAGCUACGAAAGAUAGUAUUGUCAUUAAGAUGCUGAAGCCCGUCAAGAAGAAGAAAAUUAAGCGUGAGAUUAAGAUUUUGACCAAUCUUUCCAUUGAAACUAAUCCUCCAACGUCCAAGCCUUUUGACAAAGAUGCAUACUAUACUAAUAGAAAGCAGGAGGUUUUGCAAUUCAUGAGAUCGUACUUGUACGAGCUACCACACAAUGGUCACGAAAAUAUCGUUCAACUGUUGGAUGUUGUAAGAGACCCGAUUUCAAGGACACCAGCCCUUGUCUUCGAAAAUGUCAAUAACGUUGAUUUUCGUGUGUUGUACCCGAAAUUCACCGACUAUGAUAUGAGAUUUUACAUGUUUGAACUUUUAAAAGCCUUGGAUUAUUGUCAUUCCAUGGGUAUCAUGCAUAGGGAUGUCAAGCCACACAACGUCAUGAUCGACCAUAAGCAAAAGAAGUUAAGGCUCAUUGAUUGGGGUCUAGCGGAAUUCUACCACGCCAAUAUGGAAUACAACGUUCGUGUCGCAUCCAGAUUUUUCAAAGGACCAGAGUUGCUAGUCGAUUAUAGAAUGUACGACUAUUCACUCGACUUAUGGUCCUUCGGUACCAUGCUUGCGUCUAUGGUCUUCCAAAAAGAGCCUUUCUUUCAUGGUACUAGUAACACUGAUCAGUUGGUCAAAAUUGUCAGAAUUUUAGGUACUGCAGAUUUUGAGAAAUACCUGCUUAAGUAUGAAAUUACGCUACCUCGUGAGUUUCAUGACAUUGAUCAAUACAUUAGAAGACCAUGGCGCAGGUUUAUCAAUGACUCUAACAAGCAUCUAUGUGAUAAUGAUGAAAUUAUAGAUUUGAUCGACAACCUGCUGAGGUACGAUCAUCAGGAAAGACUUACUGCUAAAGAAGCUAUGGGUCACCCAUGGUUCGAACCCAUUAGAAAAGAAAACAGCGCCACAUGA